UGAAUGAAGACAUUGAAAGUCGGUUGAAAAUACACAUUCCUCAGUAAUUCCGAAACGGAUCACAUAAAGCCAUGGCAGACGAUGAAAUAAAGCAGGAAAUAUUGGAGAUAGAAAAGCAAAUUCACGACCUAAAACAGAAACAAGCAGUUCUCUCAAAUAAACUCAAGAUUCUGCAGACGAAGAAAGAUGAUUUGCAAUCUCGAUACGACCGUGAGAGAAUGAUUAAUUGCCGGAAUUCGGAAGACUGGAUAACUAAAGAGUUUCCUUGGUCGAAACAAAUCGAAAAAAUUCUCAAAGAAACCUUCAAAUUCGAUAGUUUUCGUACCAAACAGUUAGCUGCUAUAAAUGCUACUUUGAAUAAGAAAGAUGUCUUGCUGUUAAUGCCCACAGGGGGUGGUAAGAGUCUGGUUUAUCAGUUACCAGCUGUUGUUACAAAGGGUAUGACCCUAGUAAUCUCUCCUUUAAUAUCGUUAAUUGAAGAUCAAUUGAUUGCCCUUAAGAGAUUUGGAAUAAAAGCAGAUACUAUCAACAGUUCUUCGUCCAAAGAACAUAAGAAAAAGAUACAUAAUUAUAUGACAAAACAAGAUAAUGAGUUGAAACUGUUAUAUGUAACGCCUGAAUGGUUAGAAAAAAGUAAACAGUUCAUGUCUUACUUGCAAAAAUGUUACCAAAAUGGUAAUUUGGAUCGUAUUGCAAUAGAUGAAGUGCAUUGCUGUUCAACAUGGGGGCAUGAUUUCAGAAAGGAAUACCAAUUUUUAGGUUUAUUAAAAAAUAUGUUCCCUGAUGUACCUUUCAUGGGCUUAACUGCAACUGCAACCAUGAACAUCCUGAUUGAUGUCCAAAAAAUGUUAGAUAUAAAAGAUUGUGCUGUCAUAACAGCACCCUUCAACCGACCGAAUCUCUAUUAUAAAGUCAUUCAGAAACCAAGUGAUAAAAAUGAAGCUUUGACUAUAUUGGAGAACCUACUUCAAACGAAUUAUAAGAAUCAGUCUGGAAUUAUAUACACAACUACAAUUAAGGAAACUGAAGAAUUAACUGAGCAUUUACGAAAGAAAGGACUUCAAGUGAUGAACUACCAUGCACAGCUUGAACCAGAUCGAAAGAGAAGGAUCCAUGAGAAAUGGCUAGAGAACAAAUAUCAAGCCGUCAUUGCAACAAUCGCAUUUGGUAUGGGAAUUGAUAAACCUGACGUGAGAUUUGUCAUCCAUUAUUCCAUGCCUAAAAGCAUGGAGGGCUUGUAUCAGGAAAGUGGGAGGGCAGGAAGGGACGGAAAAAAAUCAGAUUGUUUACUGAUGUUUGCUCUGAGUGAUUAUUUGAGAAUCUUAGGAAUGGCAUCAUCUAAAGUCGAAGAAGCUAAUGCAUUAUCUGUUCUCAAUUAUUGUAUGGAUAAUGGUAAAUGUCGAAGGUCUCUGAUAGCUCAGCAUUUUGAGGAGGUUUGGGACAAAGAGAACUGUAAUAAAUUGUGUGAUUUUUGCAAAAAAAAUUCUCCCUUGGUUUAUUAUGAUGUAGCAUCAGCGUGUAAAACUCUGCAUCGAAUAAUUACUGCAGCAAAUGAGAAAGAGGGCAAACUCACCCUUCUGAAACUUGUUAAUUCUUGGCUGGCAACAAUGUCUCAACCUAUAAGUAAGAUUGAUGCUGAAAGAAUUAUUGCACAUUUACUGUUGAAGCAGUAUUUGAAGGUUGAUAAAGGGUAUAAUACAUACAGUGUUAUUCUAUACCUACAAAAAAAUAGGCUACCCGAAACUAAAAUUGAGAUCUGUUUGCCGAAGAGUGUUAAUUUGAAGUUAUUUCCAAUUCGAGAAUCGAGCUCUGUGAUAUGUAUAGAAGAAGAUGAAAAGCCUCCUAGAAAAAAAGUGAAGAAAGCAUAAAAAAUGAUUCUUUAAUUUAUUAUUCCUAGCUGUGUAAUUUUUGUUAUUAAACAAUUUCUAUGAAAUCUUAUAA